AUGGAUGCGGUCACCACCAUGCACACAGCCCUCGGAAUAGAUGAUAUUGGAUUCCUACAUCACGCUCCUGUCUUAUGUGGAGACUGUGUUUUCCUGAUUACUGUUAGAUUUGUCGGCAGCAAAGAAAGAGAUCGGCUCGUACAGACUAUGACACUUCGAUGGCUAAGCUUUGACAAAUUGCUGAAGAAGAAAAGCGAUUCUACUGUCAUUAGCACUUUAAUUACCGAAAGCAUGAAUAUAAUGAAUUUCUAUGAAAGCAGCCAAAUCACUUUGAAAAAGGGACUUUACCUAUGCUACCUAAAACUACACUCGUCGUUAAAUACUAUACGUGUUGUUGUGCCAGACAAUUUACCCUCUAUGCUUCCAUUUGUACAUAUUCGUGAAAAUCCUCAUGUAACUAAAGAAGAAUGGUUGUGGUUGAAGGCAAUGAAUUUCAAUCAGCGAUUGGCCCCUUCGAAUAGCCAAACAUCACUUCAUUCGGCCGUAUCUGCAGCUACACAAACUCUUCUUCAUGAUCUCGACAUCGAUUCGGACCUGGUACCGGGUCAUCGCUUAUACCAUGCUGAAAUUAUAGAACCUAGCAGUGACAUCUCCAUAAUAUUGAUCUUACCAAGAGCCGAAGAUGUAUGCUCAGCCCCUACGGGCACAUUAGCAGAAACAGAACCUGAACUACGUCGAGGCUGCAAUACCAUUCCGCUGACUGCCUUCGAAAUGAUUCACCUGCUUACAUAUCAACCAGAAUUUGUAGCCAUGUACUGCCGACUUGCAACAUUUUUAGAGCAUUUCAUUAUGGUCUCUCAAUUUCAACACAGGCAAUGUUUGCUGGAGAAAGAUGCAUUCGUAUAUAAGACUCAGCUUGAAUGUCUACUCGAAUUCCAGAAAAGACUGGAUGAGAUCUGGGCGCAUUCGAGAUGGAUCACUCGUAUAGCUUCAGAAGCAAGAGAUAAAGAAUCGAGAAUCUCGAAGAACGUCGUUCCUGUCGGCAUGUUAUUGACGCCAGCACCUUCGAUAGACCCCUCAAAAGACGAGCCAAACGAUAUAGGAUAUCAUUCAGACCAGAGCGAACGAACAGCGAUGCGAGGCAAAUCCAAACCCCCCUCACCGAAACGAUAUUCGCUGACAGAUUCGUCGAUGCAGAACUACAGCGACAUUGACCGACUAUAUAGAAAGCAGGAUCUAACACAUAAGAAAGAAGAAUUGGAAGAUAAGCUCAAUGCUUCUGCUGCAAGAUCGGAUAAAGAAUGGAAUCAAACAUGUAAAACGAUAGCCGUUUAUCCAGCGUACGAUUUUGGACUAGCUGAGGACACAUCUGUACAAUUUGCUAUCUCUGGAAACACUACUAGUGAAAAGAUUGUCGAACUUGUGCUUGAAGAGCUGAAAAAGUUACAAUCAGAUGACAAGAAGAACGACUUGGACCUUCUCGACGAGAAAGACUUUUGCCUCGUUGCUGUCAUCGGAACAAGGGAACGCCGUCUCAAAGACGAUUUUGCCGUUGCUCGAUUACAGAAUCCAUGGAAUAGAGGCAAAUUAUUCGUACGACGGCGGAGUGCCCUUCUAGCCGCUGUAGAAUACGGGAACGAAACUCCAGUAUGA